AGAAGUUCGAUGACGCUUUCACGUCUCCUGCCAGUGGAACAAGCGGGCAUUUCUGGCAAUACACCCAUUCUCGAGUCCAAAACUCCCAACGAUCAUCGCACUUGCCGAUCUCCCAUGGCUGCCCUUUUCGGCCUAUCUCCAAAGUGUUCCUGUGACUCUCGGUUAUUCCGUCAUUCUCGAUCCUCUUGUUACGAACUCGAACUUGGGUCACCCAACCCCGGUACCUCCUCACCUAUACUACCAUGUCUCGACCUUGACUUAUAGCAAGCCGCCAUGCCGCUUCAUCUCGCGUCACAGCUAUGAGUAUGAGCGGACACUGUGCUGCCUUUCGGUAGAAAUUUUGCAGUCUGAAAGCGCAGGAAACUGGGUUUGUGGGAUUGGUGUAUAGAGGGGCAGACUCCUCUACCUCCUCCAACUAUGGCUUCAGAAGCGGCGCGAGAGCGCGAAAUGCACAGGUACUAUCAACCGUGGCUCGAAACCUUUCUGUCCACCGACUUUGAACCUGCCUCGAACUUCCCUCCUUCUGCUGACCAGGCCGAAGCCCACCGACCACGCUCCUCCAGAGACAAGGCGUUGACAGCCUUCGCGCAACUGGGUUGUCUUCGCCUGAACGCCAAAAGAUGCGUAGUCACUUUGCUAGGCACUACGAAGCAAUAUAUCAUAGCCGAGGCCACGAAAUCUCUGUCACUAUUGAGCGACGCUCACCACGACGAUGGAGAUGAACUAUGGUUCGGAAAUUCUUUCAUUGAGCGAGAGGGCGGCAUCUCGGCUGAUGCCAUGUAUCCUGACAAAUAUACUGCCUAUGAUCCAGAUGGCUCUUCCUUCACCACCCCAGCGUUGGUCGUCAGCGAUAUCUCGACCCAUGAGAAAUAUAAAACUCGAGGCUACGCUGGUCGGGGCGUUUCCUUUUAUUGUGGCGUACCAAUCACCACACAACUGGGCCACGUCAUUGGGGUCUAUACUGUCACCGACGACAAACCCCGUCAAAAUCUGUCGGCAACGGAACUUCAUUUCCUGUUCGACAUGUCCGUUAUCGUCAUCCAACAUCUGGAGAGUGUGCGAAACGAUCGUGCCAGGAAGAGGGGAGAGCGCCUUAUCCACGGGAUCGGGACAUUCAUCGGGGGCGACAAGGCUGGAGCGACCGAAGAUAGUUCCAUUCCCCAGCGCAAUAAGUCCAGUGAGUCCAGAUCGAGCCAGAAUGCCUCAGAGAGCACCAAGACCGCGGAAUUUAUGGGCUUGGUAAUUGGCGACGCAAACGUACCUGCGGAGGACUCCAAACGUAUGGGAGUUUCAGAGCGCGGCCGUGCAAAUGGCACAACGACAACGAAGUCUUCUGGCUUCAGCCAGGAGGGCAUCCUCAACCACGUGUCCAGACACACACAGGCGACGCAUCCUGCAAAAACAGCCAAGAAUAAGGUAUUGCAGGAGUCUCAGCAGGUGUUUAAUCGUGCCGCAGCUGUCCUGCAAUACUGCCUCGGCGCUGAUGGGGUUGCGUUCCUCAAUGCGAGCUCCGCAAACCUGAGUUCGGGUUCGAGCAUGAAAACUUCUGGAGCUGCUAUAUCUAAAUUCCAUCAUGCCAAAUCCAGUGGAAGUAGUCACGCCGAUCACCAGAACGGAUUGAGGGGCUCAGACUCGCAGGAGGGGGCACCAAGAGACGACUCCUCGACCUCCAGCGAUGAUACUGUGAGUACACGCAGCAACAGCGACUCGUCCGCUUCCCAAAACAGAAGACAAAAGUGUGAAAUCCUGGGCCUUUGCGCAGUUGAUUCGGACCAAUCCAUCAGCAUUGCCGACCCGACCAUGCGCCGUCUAGUUCGCCGUCAUCCAAAAGGGAAAUGCUUUCUAUUCGACCAGUUUGGCAAGCCGGCAUCUAGUGAUGAGAGCUCCGAGUCUGCAUCUGCUGCAGAUGUCUCCCAAGGCGAUGCUGAUCAACUGUCGAGAGUGGGAAAACAUGUCCCCACAACCAAUUUUCUACAGAAAGCACUCCCCGGCGCGAGGAAGAUUGUUUUCCUGCCCCUGUGGGAUUUUGCGAAGGAACGGUGGCACUCUGGACUGAUAGUUUGGUCAAAUGAUACAGGCGGUUUGACUAACGUUGAAGAGGAUAUGGUUUAUCUGAGAGCCUUCAGCAACGCCAUUGUGAAUGAGCUCAACCGAAUCGAUCUAGCCCUGUCCGAUACUGCCAAGUCGACAUUCCUUGCCAACAUUUCUCACGAGCUACGCUCGCCCCUUCAUGGUAUCCUGGGAAGUAUCGAAUUCCUUCACGAUACUGCUAUGGAUGAUUUUCAAUCGUCCAUGGUUAUAAGCGUUGAAACAUGUGGAAAGACACUCCUGGAUACAGUUAACCAUGUCCUUGACUAUGCAAAGAUACACAGUCUGUCCAAAUCUCAGCGUCCGGAUCCAGCGUCUGCGCAAGGGCAUGCGCAACGGAGCAAACCCGAAACCAAUCUCACGGAGGAUUUUGAUAUGGCCGUUGUUGUGGAAGAGGCCGUUGAAGCGGUGUACGCCGGCCAAGUCUUCAGAACCGCUAAUGCAGAUGCGUUGGAAGGCAAAUCGCCAGUUCAGACUGCUGCGAGUCGAGCCAUGCAACAACGGCUGGAGCGAAGAGCUAAUAUCAGCAAAGGCUCCGCCAAAGCAUCAAGUUCUGUCCGCCUUACCUUGAACAUCGACGAUCAUACCAACUGGUGGGUCCGAUCUCAACCUGGGGCCGUCAGACGGAUCGUCAUGAAUAUCCUUGGGAAUGCAUUAAAAUAUACCACCAAAGGAAGUAUCAAUGUUGGGCUCGAGAUUGACAGCUCCCGAAACAAGGGUAGCUCAAAUCUACACAUGCUGCUGAAGAUCGCCGACACCGGCCGCGGCAUGUCGGGUGAUUUCAUGAAAAAUCACGCAUUUACUGCGUUUUCUCAGGAGGACACUUUGGCAACGGGGACCGGCCUCGGGCUCAGCAUUGUCCGACAGAUUGUCGACUCUCUCGGAGGCAAGAUCGACUUGUCCAGCGAGAAAGAUGUGGGCACUGAAGUAAGAAUCUGGUUUAGGCUUCCAAAGAGCCAAAAAGAUGUGAGCUCGAUCGCCGAGGCUCGCGUCAUUCCAGAGAUGCGCCAGCGCACCACGGGCCGGGAGAUGUGUAUGCUUUUACCGUAUGAUGAGAAGAACAGCGAAACCGAUGUCCGUUCUCUGGUUCCGAUGCCAACCAUAGAGAGCUCAAUGCGGAAUUUGGUGUCUCAGUGGUUUCGAAUGAAGAUCACCACGACAAAGACCAUGGAUGGUAUCUCGCCAGACUUCUUCAUCUAUCCUGAGCCCCCUCCGAUUGACUACCUCAUGGACUACCAUGGGAAGCCAGAAACGGAGAGAGAAGUCCCCGUCAUCAUCUUGUGUACGAAUGCAUUCGAAGCUGCAUCCCUGAGGUCAAACGGUAUACAUUACCUUACCGAUAUUGGGAGAGUCAUUGAGGUAAUCGCGCAACCUUGUGGGCCGCAGAAACUGGCCAAAGUCCUUCAUCGAUGUAUGCAACGGUUGGGGCUGCUUCAAAAGGACCAUGCCAAAAAGCCCCCAAAGACGGCUUUGUUAUCUUUCGGUCGAGACUGGAACGCAGAUAAAGAGAGCAUCCGAGCAAGGGAAGAUAUAACCGGGCAGGGUGGUGAAUGGGUUCAGGACGUUGAUACCCCCUCUACGCCUGACGGUAAUAGUGCAGCCAAGCCCAGAUCGCCCGACUCUUCGCGCAAGGUUUUCACCGAAAACCAAUCACGGUCUCAGAAGCCGUCAUUGAUAAAGAUGGGCGCUUCGGAAGAGGUCGUCACGUUAACUCAGUCAGAUGUCACGGAAAGCUCUGCUUUGCCUCGAAAACCGGACACAAAUAGCCCACGGGUCCUGGUGGUCGACGACAAUCACAUCAACCUCCAUCUCCUCGUAACUUUUGUUCGCAAAGCUGGCCACCCCUAUGAAUCAGCCACCGAUGGUUUGAAGGCUCUAGAAGCAUACAAGAAGAGUAUCCGGGAAGAUGGUGGUCGAAAUGCCUUCAAGCAUGUUUUUAUGGACAUCUCCAUGCCCGUUAUGAACGGGAUAGCUUCCGCCAAAGAGAUUCGACGAUUCGAAAAGGACAACAAAGUUGAUCCACCCGCCAAAAUCAUUGCUUUGACGGGGAUGGGGAGUGAAGUUGCCCAUAACGAGGCAAUAGACGCCGGAUUUGAUGAGUUCUUAAGCAAGCCGAUUAAGUUUAAGGACCUACAGAAACUACUUGUCUGAACGGCAUUUUGCGUUGGACGAGCUUCAAGCAACCAGGUUCUGCGUUGUGGGUUGUGGGUUGUUGGAUACUGUGAUACCUCUAUGCAUUGCUUCUGGCAUUUCCUUUGAUGUAGGAUGAGAAAAGCUGAUACCAGGAAACAAGGAUUUGCUUCGAGCACCAGCACACAGAUCUUGUCGUGCUUGGGAGUGUCCUCCUAAUUCUCUGUCCUGGCUUCAACUUUCUUACCGUUUCGUUGCUUGUUACAUCCGCGCGACAUCCAGAUCUCGUCCUUCGUCCUCGGUAUAUAUGGCGUACCUUCACAAGCCAGGCGAGAAGGUGGAUGGGUGGGUGUAUGUGUGCGAGCAUUACUACAGUUCCAGGUCAUUCACGGUUGCCGGCCCUGUCUCCC